AUGGCCGUGCGCGCAUCCCUAGUCGCAGCGCUGCUGGUUUUCUGCCUCCUUGCGGCGACGCCAGCUGCGUGGGGUGCGUCCUGCGCCCCUGCCCCCAAGGGCUACACACUCAAGGCCGACCUCAACUGGGUCGGCAGUGACUCCACUGUCGGCAGCCAGACGUCUCCCAAGAAUGCUGCACUGAUCUGUAACCUGGACGACAAUUGUCUGGGCUGGAAUUCAUAUGGGUACUACAUUCUGAAGAGCAUCAAGGUGAAGGUUGAGGAGCCAGACGCCGGCAUCACCUACUACGCUUACAAGGGCAUGUGCCUCUACAUGAAGCCUGUUUAG